AUGGAGGGGGAAUCUUACCACAAUGAAACCACGGUCAACGGCACCCCAGUAAAUCACCAGGCUUUGGAACGCCAUGGGCUGUGGGAAGUCAUCACUAUUGCAGCUGUAACAGCUGUGGUCAGCAUGAUGACCAUUGUGGGCAAUGUCUUGGUCAUGAUCUCUUUCAAAGUCAACAGUCAGCUCAAGACAGUUAACAACUAUUACCUGCUCAGUUUGGCUUGUGCAGACCUCAUCAUCGGCAUCUUCUCCAUGAACCUGUACACGACUUACAUCCUCAUGGGUCGCUGGGUUCUAGGGAGUCUGGCUUGUGACCUUUGGCUUGCACUGGACUAUGUCGCCAGCAACGCUUCUGUCAUGAACCUUCUGGUCAUUAGCUUUGACCGUUACUUUUCCAUCACAAGACCACUGACAUACCGGGCCAAGCGUACCCCAAAGAGGGCUGGCAUUAUGAUCAGCUUGGCCUGGCUGAUCUCCUUCCUCCUCUGGGCACCAGCAAUCCUCUGCUGGCAGUACUUGGUUGGGAAGCGGACAGUACCACCCGAUGAGUGCCAGAUCCAAUUCCUCUCCGAGCCCACCAUCACUUUCGGCACUGCCAUUGCUGCCUUCUACAUCCCUGUCUCCGUCAUGACCAUACUCUACUGCCGGAUCUACCGGGAAACAGAGAAGAGAACCAAGGACCUGGCUGACCUCCAAGGUUCCGAUUCUGUGGCAGAAGCCAAGAAAAGAAAGCCAGCUCACAGGACCCUGCUCAGAUCUUUCUUCAGCUGCCCUAGACCCAGCCUGGCCCAGAGGGAAAGGAAUCAGGCCUCCUGGUCAUCCUCCCGCAGAAGAACCUCAACAACGGGAAAGCCAACCCAGGCCACUGGCCUAAGUGCUGACUGGGACAAGGCUGAGCAGGUUACUACCUGCAGCAGCUACCCCUCCUCAGAGGAUGAGACCAAGUCCAGCACUGACCCUGUCUUCCAAGUGGUCUACAAGAACCAGGCAAAGGAAAGCCCAAGGAAGGAAUUGAGUACCGAAGAGACAAAGGAAACUUUUGUGAGCGGGCAGACUGAAAACCAUGACUAUGACACUCCCAAAUACUUCCUGUCCCCGGCUGCUGCUCACAGACUCAAGAGUCAGAAGUGUGUUGCCUAUAAGUUUCGGUUGGUGGUAAAAGCUGACGGGACCCAGGAAACUAACAAUGGCUGUCGCAAGGUGAAAAUCAUGCCCUGUACCUUCCCGGUGUCCAAAGACGCUUCAGCAAAAGGCCUGGAUCCCAAGCUCAGCCAUCAAAUGACCAAACGAAAGAGAAUGGUCCUAGUCAAAGAGAGGAAAGCAGCCCAGACCUUGAGUGCCAUUCUCCUGGCCUUCAUUAUCACAUGGACCCCAUACAACAUCAUGGUCCUGGUUUCCACCUUCUGUGACAAGUGUGUCCCUGUCACCUUGUGGCACUUGGGUUACUGGUUGUGCUAUGUCAACAGCACCAUCAACCCCAUCUGCUAUGCUCUCUGCAACAGAACCUUUAGGAAGACCUUUAAGACGCUGCUCCUCUGCCAGUGGAAAAAGAAAAAAGUGGAAGAGAAAUUGUAUUGGCAAGGGAACAGCAAGCUACCCUGA